AUGUCGGGAGGUUCCAUUGUCGUGGAUCAACAUGGCCCAACAGUCCAAGCAUCAUUAAGUGGCGACGGCUCUGCGUUCGAGUCUAAGAAACACAAAGAAACACACAGUGUGGUCUCGUACGCCGAGACACCACACUCACCGUCGCAGAGCGAGGCAUCUCACUCCAACGAACAUGGCCCCCUCGAGAGGAUACCGACUGCUCGAGACGAGCUCCCAGACACCGUCCAGGCCGAACGGACUGCGACCGAUGCUGGUGGUGGACCAAUCCAUUCCGUCUUCACAAAGAAUCAGAAACUCUUCAUAGUGUUUAUGGCGUCGUGGGCUGGGUUCUUUUCUCCUGUAUCCGGCCAGAUCUAUUUCCCUGCUCUGAAUGCAUUAGCGAGCGAUUUGCAUGUUUCCAAUUCAUUGAUUAACUUGACCUUGACGUCUUACAUGAUAUUCCAAGGCCUUGCGCCUACGUUUGUUGGAGAUCUUGCUGAUGCUGCUGGUCGGCGUCCCGCAUAUGCCGUUUGUUUUACUAUAUACAUCCUCGCCAAUAUUGGGCUUGCACUUCAGAACAGUUAUGCGGCGUUAUUUGUCUUGCGCUGUUUUCAGAGCUCGGGUUCUAGCGCCACUAUAGCAAUGUGCAGCGCCGUUGUCUCCGACGUUGCCACUGCGGCAGAAAGAGGCAGGUAUAUGGGCUUUACCCUCGCGGGAUCUCUGCUUGGUCCAGCUAUAGGCCCCGUCGUGGGAGGUGUUCUCGCCCAAUUCUUGGGGUGGAGGGCCAUAUUCUGGUUCCUGAUGAUCAUGGGCUCCGCUUUCAUGGUUGUCUUCGCCAUUUUCUUCCCAGAGACCGCUCGGACUCAGGUCGGCAACGGUUCCAUCCCACCGAAAGGCUGGAAUAUGUCUUUGAUGAAUUACCUGGCAGUACGCAAAGCUCGAAAGCUGCAUCCUCAGGAUCAGAUGUCGUCAAAGACCGAUCGGCCGCAAACCGAAACCCGGCCAAAAAAGAAGUUUCGUUUCCCCAAUCCACUGCGGUCUCUUCAUAUCAUCAUGGACAAGGAGAACGCCCUGCUUCUUUUCUAUAACGCUUUCCUGUUUGCAGCUUUUUACGACGUCACAGCCACCUUACCUUCGCAACUCCAUGCGAUUUUCGGAUUCAACGAACUGCAGAUCGGCCUGUGCUUCAUUCCUUUCGGCUGUGGAUCUCUAUGUGCUGCCCUGACGAAUGGACAGCUCUUGGACCGCAACUUUGCCCGUUGGUGCAAGAAGCUUGGAGUGAAGAUCCGCAAGGGGAGAAACCAGGACCUCAGCAAUUUCCCGAUCGAAAAGGUGAGGUUGCAGAUCGCCAUUCCUGCCGCCUAUCUCACCUCCAUGUUUGUCCUUGCCUUUGGCUGGAUCUUGCAUGCCAAUGGCCCUCUCCCGGCCUUACUCGUCGUCCUCUUCUUCACCAGCUACAGCAUGUCGAUUGCGUUCAACGUCACGAGCACGCUAUUGGUUGAUUUCUAUCCCAAAGCCCCUGCCACGGCCACGGCGGCGAACAAUCUCGUCAGAUGCGGCCUAGGGGCAGGCGCCACUGCGGCCGUGAUCCCCAUGAUCGACGCGUGGGGGAGAGGCUGGACCUUUACAUUUUUGACUUUGGGUCUGGUUACGACGUCGCCGAUGCUUUGGGCGGUGUAUUUCUGGGGCAUGAAAUGGCGAACGGAGAGAAAUCAGCGGGAGACGAGGGCGAGACAGCUGAAAGAGGAAAAGCUGAAUCAGGAGAGCUCGGGCGAGAAUGGACGUGUUGCGGAAGACAACGACAAGCCGCCUGUCGAAGGAGGGAUGGUCGAGAUGGCAGCAGUGGCCGAGAAGGACCAUGAGGAGGCGUUCAAGGACACGUCCAAGGUACGGAGUGAUGAAGACAAGGACCAGGACCAGGAUCUUGACGAAGUUACGAGUCGGGAAGAGCAGGAUGUGACGCUAUCGAGGUCGUUCUCAUAUGAGUCUGGGUACUAA